GCUUCUUCGGGCGCCCCAAGUUGCCAGUGGAUUACUUUGCAACUCCAGAGCUCGGUCAUUGGAGGACGGCCACACGUGACUACGGCACCCUUCUGUUCCAGGCUGAACCCAGAUGAACAGUUCCAGAGCCCACUGGAGCCUCUGGUUCACUGCCAUGCCAAGGGCGAGCUGGACAUCAAGAGCAGGAGCUGCAGUCUACUCACCAUCUGCCGCUCUGGAGUAAUGUUUCCCUGGAUGAAUCCACGGACAACUGACUCUGAACAAUCUGUCAGCGGCGGCGUUGCGGCCGGUCGACCCGCCAGAGGGAGGCCCGGUGUGAGGAGGGAGAGGACGGCCUUCACCAACAGCCAGCUGCUGGAGCUGGAGAAGGAGUUCCACUUCAGCCCGUACCUGCGUCGCCCUCGGAGGCUGGAGAUGGCCGCCGGGCUUCAGCUCACCGAUCGCCAGGUCAAGAUCUGGUUUCAGAACCGCAGGAUGAGGUACAAGAAGGAGCACAAGUAUGGAAAAGUGGUAGGCCAGCAUUCUCCCUCCAACCCGUCCUCCAGCUCGAGCUCAUGCGCAGACAACCUGAGUUUCCCAGGUGCGUGUGUGGUUAGAACUUCCUCCUCCUCCUCUUCCUCAGACCUGCACUUCAUGGAUUAUGCUCCUGUGUCCUCCUCUCUCCUUGGCCCUCACAGCGAUGGCAGCGGUGGUCAGUGUAUUCACCCCGCAGACCUGCCACAUGUGAGUUGCAUACUUCCAUCUGUUGCAAAUGGUGCAUGGCCCGCCUGUACGGACGUGGAUAGUCAUCACCAUGCUGGCAUUUCAAAUUGGCCCUAGGGCCCUAUAAUGGCCAUCCCUCCUGUGCUCAUCAAAAUCUCAAUGAUACAUCCACUUUCACUUACUUGAAAGACUGGAGGAUGUCUGAUUAGCAACCCAGGGCUGAAAUCCCCUUAACACGCCCUUUCACCAUUCAUGAAGCAUUUUAAUUAAACUAUAUGAACAUGUCUUAAUUAAAGGAGAGCCAAAGUGAAAUCAUUUGUGUUUCUCAGGCUCAGUGACAGAAGACUGCAGGUCUUCAAACUUGCUGCUCAUGUUGUACGUACAUGGCGUGCACAAGACAUUGGAGCAAUUAAUGAUUACAUGUUUUUUGCUGUAAUUUUGUGACUGUUACAUUUGUAUUGUUGUUGCAUGUUUAAUGCAUGUGGGAAUCAUACUCUGAGUGAGUUUUUCUACUUCCCUCUGUUGGCAGAUAAUAGUUAAGUGGUUGUCAUAUUUUGUAAGUGUCACAUUAGGGCCUCUUUUUCAUCCCGUACUGUAAAUAGCAGGUCGUUUUGUGUAAAAUGUUUUAACUGUGAAAUGGACAGAG